AUGCGUACAAAAUGCAAUUCUUCUCUUCUAACUUCUCAACAGCUUAAACAAAUUCAAGCUCACAUUACAACAACACUGAAACCCAAUCAAUUGAAUUCUCUUCUAAGAACCCUAACACUCACAAAACAUCCUAAAAAUGCUCUUUUACUAUUCAAUCAAAUGUAUCAAAAACCAACUACCCAUGACCAUUUCAGUUACACCUAUUCACUCAAGACAUGUUCCAUACUGCAUGAAUUUCAAAAAGGAUGUGAAAUCCAUGCAUGUAGUGUAAAAUCUGGUCAUGGUUCUGAUACUUUCAUUCAGAACUCUCUUAUCCGAUUCUAUUCAGAUUUCGGGGACGUUCUUUCUGCUCGUCGUGCAUUUGAUGAUAUGUCAUCUGCUAAUAUUGUGUCGUGGACUACAAUAAUUCAAGGGCUAGUUAAAAAUGGAUAUGAAGAGGAAGCUCUUGAAGUCUUUAGAUCGAUUGAUUGUAGUCCUAAUUCGAUGACUUUAGUUACUGUUUUAUCAGCUUGUUCUGUAUUGAGAACUGUUAACUUGGGGAAAUCUGUUCACUGUUAUAGUAUUAGGAACUCAGUUGGUGAUGACAAUAUUUGGGUCGAUAAUGCGUUAUUGAAUUUCUACUCUGAAUGCAUGUGUCCUGUUACUGCACGUAAUUUGUUUGAGUCUAUGCUUAGCAGAGAUGUUAUCUCAUGGACUACAAUGAUCAGUGGUUAUGCAAAAGCAAUGUUUUAUGACGAUGCAAUUAGUUAUUUUCAUAUGAUGAUUCAAGGAGGAGAAACGAGGCCUAAUGAUGCUGCUUUGGUCACUAUGUUAUCCGUGUGCGUUUCAGUAGGAUCUUCCAGUUUGGGGCAAUGGGUUCAUUCAUACAUGGAAGGGCGACAUGAUUUAAUAGGCGGUUACAGUCACCUGUGGAAUGCUUUACUGGACAUGUACGUCAAAUUUGGUAACAUGGAAAUGGCUAUUAAGGUGUUUAAAGGUUUAAGAUGCAAGGAUUUGUUUUCAUGGACCAUCAUGAUAAAUGGUAUGGCCAAGAAUGGCCAAGGAAAACAAGCUAUGCAGCUUUUCUCUUUUAUGUUAAUCAAUGGCUUCCGACCUGACAGUGUCACUUUCCUUAGCUUGUUAUCUGCUUGCAGCCAUGGAGGGUUUGUAAAAGAGGGGUUUGUUUUUUUCAAAGCUAUGAAAGACAUUUAUAAGAUCAUACCAGAUAUGCAGCAUUAUGCUUGUAUUGUUGAUAUGUAUGGUAGAGCUGGACUCUUACACGAAGCGGAGGCUUUUGUCAGGGAGAUGCCAGUGGCACCAAAUGGAUCAGUGUUGAGUGCACUCCUUAAUGCUUAUAAAAUCCAUGGAGAUAGUGAGAUGUGCGACCGCAUAGGCCAGAUUAUUAUUACUACUAGAGGUGCAAGUUUGGGUUCUCUUAGGGCUUUGGCCAACAUAUAUGCUAGUGUAAAUAGAUGGUCUGAUGCUAAGAAUGUGGAAGACAUGAUCAGAUGCAUAGGGGUAAAAAAGACCCCUGGAUGUAGCUGGGUUGAGGUGCAUUGACAAAUUCAAAUUCAAUCAACAAAAGUUGCAAUUAUCCGAUGACCCGUACUUUGUUGUUCACGAUGAAAUUG